AUGCCUUAUCGCUUCGAAGCAGAUGAAGUGGAUGAGGAGCCUUCGAUAAUGCAACAAGAAAACGUCACCGAAGGACCUCUUGCUUGUAACUGUCAAUAUCCAAUAAUUCUUAUUGCCGUUAUGGUAAUCACUAUCCUCAUUCUUUGCGUUUGCGUAUCUCUUUGCUGCAUCGAUGUAACUAGCCUUUCCCCGUUCAAAAAGCAGACCGCAAAGGUUCGAACAAGAUGCGUUCCUAUCAUGGAUGCCUCUAAGUUCGUGAAACGGAAAGGCAGCUUUUUUUCUGAAAAUGGUGGGAUUCCCGGCUACAAGAUGUUAAACAACAGCAUGAGUAUUGAGAGUUGCACAUGUUCAGUGCCACUUUCACACUCAUCACAUUCGGAAGCUUCAUUGGUUUCCACGGUUUGA